UUCAUAAUCCGAACUUCGAUAGGAACUGAAAUUGUGCCAAAGAUACAAUAGAUGGCCUAAGAUGUAUUGAUAAUCAAAUCUUGACAUGAAAUAGGUUUCUUUCCUCUCCUUGUUUAGUGCAUAUUCUACUGCAUGUGGAUCUUAGUUGGCGAUGCAGAGAAAUCUGGAAUAUUUUUGGAAGUGCAACUUCUAGUCUCAAUCAUAAUCUCUGCUCAGGUACUUUACCCCAAAUGUAUGCUUAAUUGUCUUCAGACGAUAUGCUCAAAAUCCGUCCAAACCUAACUUUUCUAAUCCGUGGUAUUUUUAUCAAACUUUUUUUUCCAUCGGUGAAGAUUUGACCUAUAUGGAUCGAAGACUUUGCCAAAAGAAGAAACUGGCAUUUUCCACGAAACAAGAAAAUAUACUAUAAUACAGUUGAUGUUUUUGAUGUUCUUGGCCCUCGCUACGCUUGGACUAAAAUGGGUCGGCCAUAAAACAUGUUUAUGCCCAAGAACAUCAACAAUAUUAUUAUAUUCUAGCUUUGAUUCGUUAGAUACCUAAAUCGUGUUUUUUUGUUGUGCUAGAUUUUGGUUGUGUUUGCUGCCUUUGGUUUUGAACGAGCACUUGUCAUUGAUCCUCUCUUACAAAAGUAG